GCGCGCGCAAGCAAACCGCCAGCGAAUCGCAGCGGAGGAGCAUCUUAUUCGGCUGAAUGGACUAACUUUCUGGAUAAAGAACAGCCCUAUAUCAUAGAUCUCAAGAAAGGAGGAGGAGAUUGAGUGAACUUUGACCUUGGAAAAUGGCCGCCGCAAUGAUGAGCGAUCGGGAACGGGAGGCGAUCGUCAGCAACUUGACCAAGGAUGUGCAGUCGCUGAGGGAAAUGGUGCGGAGUCGGGAAAGCGAGCUGGUCAAGCUGCACCGGGAAAUCCACAAGCUGAAGAGUGUGCUUCAGCAGACCACCAACCACCUGAACGUCACCCGGAGUGAGAAGGCCAAGACGAAGCUGUACUCUCUUCCAGAGCAAUGUAACGAGCAGGAGGGCAGGGAUCGGGAUCCGCAUGUGUGCAGCUCCUGCGGCAUGGUGCUGCCCACCAGUCCGGAGUUCGCCCUGGAAGCUUUGUCUCUGGGACCACUGCCUCACUCGGCAAUGGCAUCUUCGACGGCUUCCCCAUCCCCAACGGCCACUCCUUCGCCUUCUCCGUCGACGGAGGAGGCGAGACCCAAGGCCAUGCCAGCUGCCAUUAAAAAACAAGGCGUCUCCGCCGAGAGCUGCGUGCAGUCCAUGCAACAGUCCUACAGCAUUCCUAUCCCAAAAUAUGACAAGGAUUUCAGUGACAAACAGCAGAUCAAAGACGCCAUCAUGGACAACGACUUCCUGAAGAACAUAGACGCCUCGCAGGUGCGCGAGCUGGUGGACUCGAUGUACUCGAAGAGCAUCGCCGCCGGGGAGUUUGUGAUCCGCGAGGGCGAGGUGGGUGCCCACCUGUAUGUCUCGGCGGCCGGGGAGUUUGCGGUGAUGCAGCAGGGCCGGGUGCUGGACAAGAUGGGCAAGGGCAAGGCGUUCGGGGAGCUGGCCAUCCUGUACAACUGCACCAGGACCGCGUCCAUCCGGGUGCUAAGCGAGGCGGCCAGGGUGUGGGUGCUGGAUCGCAGGGUCUUCCAGCAGAUCAUGAUGUGCACGGGUCUGCAGAGGCGGGAGAACAGUGUGAAUUUCCUGAGAUCGGUGCCGCUGCUGAAGAACCUCAGCGAGGAGCUGCUGGCCAAGAUAGCGGAUGUCCUGGAACUGGAGUUCUAUGCGGCUGGUACCUAUAUAAUCCGCCAGGGAACCGCCGGCGAUAGCUUCUUCCUGAUCUCACAGGGCAAUGUGCGGGUGACCCAAAAGCUGACCCCCAGUUCUUCGGAGGAAACGGAGCUGAGAACUUUAUCUCGGGGAGAUUACUUCGGGGAACAGGCGCUGAUCAACGAGGACAAGAGGACGGCCAACAUUAUAGCCCUGUCACCGGGAGUGGAGUGCCUCACCUUGGAUAGGGAUUCCUUCAAGCGACUGAUUGGCGAUCUCUGCGAGCUGAAGGAGAAGGACUACGGGGAUGAGAGCAGGAUGCUGGCCAUGAAGCAGGCCAGGGAGAGCAGCCAGGAUGAGCCGAAGGAGCAGCUGCAGCAGGAGUUCCCCGACCUCAAGCUCACCGAUCUCGAGGUGGUCAGCACUCUGGGUAUCGGUGGCUUUGGCCGCGUGGAGCUGGUCAAGGCCCAUCAUCAGAACCGCGUGGAUACCUUUGCCUUGAAGUGCCUGAAGAAGCGACACAUUGUGGACACCAAACAGGAGGAGCACAUCUUCAGCGAGCGGCACAUAAUGCUCAGUUCCCGAUGCCCCUUUGUGUGCCGAUUGUAUCGCACUUUCCGGGACGAGAAGUACGUCUAUAUGCUGCUGGAGGCCUGCAUGGGUGGCGAGAUCUGGACCAUGCUGAGGGAUCGCGGUUCCUUCGAGGACAACGCCGCGCAGUUCAUCAUAGGCUGUGUUCUGCAGGCCUUCGAGUAUCUUCACGCACGUGGGAUCAUCUAUCGCGAUCUGAAGCCCGAGAACCUGAUGCUGGACGAGCGUGGCUAUGUGAAGAUCGUGGACUUUGGCUUUGCCAAGCAGAUUGGAACCAGUGCCAAGACGUGGACCUUCUGCGGCACCCCGGAGUACGUGGCCCCCGAGAUCAUCCUGAACAAGGGUCACGAUCGAGCCGUGGACUAUUGGGCUUUAGGAAUCCUAAUCCAUGAGCUGCUCAAUGGAACCCCACCAUUUAGUGCCCCGGAUCCCAUGCAGACUUACAACCUCAUCUUGAAAGGCAUCGACAUGAUUGCCUUUCCCAAGCACAUUUCCCGCUGGGCCGUGCAGCUCAUCAAGCGGCUCUGUCGUGAUGUUCCUUCGGAGCGACUGGGCUACCAGACUGGUGGCAUCCAGGACAUCAAGAAGCACAAGUGGUUCCUGGGCUUUGACUGGGAUGGCCUCUCCAGUCAGCUGCUGAUCCCGCCCUUCGUGCGACCCAUUGCCCAUCCGACGGAUGUGCGCUACUUCGACCGCUUCCCCUGCGAUCUAAAUGAGCCACCCGACGAGCUUUCCGGCUGGGAUGCGGACUUCUAGGACUUCUAGUACUUCAUCACUGUGUUUAGUUUACUCGUUAGGUUAUUUUAUUGAUUUGCUUAGUAGAAACGUAGAAAGAAACAAAGAAAAGCCAUCU